AACGAACGAGUCGGAGACAAUUCACAUUUUCCAAACACAAAAGCCACAGGAUCUAAAGAAAAGCGCUUAAAUAUCAAGAAAAGUUUUGGUUUCGAAUUUUCGAAGAGUUAAGAUGACGUCGCAUCAAGAACAAAGUUACAAAGCUGGUGAAACUAGAGGCAAGGCUCAGGAGAAAACAGGGCAAGCUAUGGGAAUGAUGGGAGAGAAAACACAGGCAGCUAAGGACAAAAGUCAAGAGACAGCCCAAACAGCCCAACAAAAGGCUCAUGAAACGGCUCAGUCUGCUAAAGACAAGACGUCUCAAGCUGCACAAACAACUCAACAGAGAGCUCAAGAGUCCAAGGACAAAACGGGAAGCCACAUGUCCGAAACCGGAGAAACAAUCAAGAACAAGGCACAUGAUGCAGCGGAAUAUACCAAAGAGACUGCAGAAGUUGGUAAGGAGAAGACAGGUGGGAUCUUGGGCCAGACUGGUGAGCAGGUGAAGCAGAUGGCUAUGGGAGCCACUGAUGCAGUUAAGCACACUUUAGGGCUUGGCACUGAUGAAGGAAACAAAGAGCAUGUUUCUUCAGCUCCAAGAACUACUACUACAACCACUACUCAUGAGACACGGAGGAAGUAAAGAAGAUGAUCAAGAUUUGUUUUGCGUUUGAGUUUUCAUGUUUGUUUCCUUUGAUUACUGUUUGUUGUGUUUGUGAGAUUAUGUUGAUCCUUGUUGUUGUUUAUUGGGUUUGAGUUGUACUUUUACCUGUUAUUAUGUAACGGUCUUAUACUGGAGACUUGCUGUUUUAGGCCGGUGAAUAAAUUAAUUAUUUUCGUUUU